AUGUCAACUAACAUCAUCUUGAGCGAGAACGCGCCGAAAAGCCAGUCGAAUGACGGCGAAAUCUCUGGAGGACAAAAGUCUCCCACAAAUUCACUGGGAACAGCUAUCAGUGAAUCAUCUGGUGAAGAAGUGGAAAUCUUCAUCACUGAAGACGUUUCGUCCUCUAACGUCAAACGUGCGCCAAAAACCGCUUCGAGAAUCCCAAAGCCACGACGUAACGGAAUCCGCCGCAGUUCCGCAAGUCAAACGUCGAGUGAUAGCGAUGGCUCAGACGCGGAGAGGAAGGUUCGCCGCAAGUCCCAAAUUCCGAUUCGGAAAAGAAAGCCACGUACCAGAAAACACAAGGACGGUCACAACUCAAGCAGCGAUGAGAAAUCCUCAACAUCCUCCGCCGACGACCGUUCCUCAAGCGACAGCGAUGACAACGCCGGAAAGCAGCGUAACAUACCAGCUAUGCCUACCAGCAGAAAGGCGAAGAUCCACGGCGCCGCUGUAGUUGAGAAAGACUCCUCCAGCGAUGAUGACAACUCAAGCUCUGCCGCCCGCAAAACCUCCGAAGACAAAGCUGGACUCAAAACACCCGAAAAGCCAGCCAGUGAGAACAACGCUGCAGACAAGGGCGUAGCAACUCGAGAGAUUGAGACCGUGGUCAUCGUAGAGCCAGCUGAGAAGUAUGAAUACGAGUACUCGUCAAGCUUCGAGUCAACCGACGAGUCUGAUAAUGAUAAAGAACUGAAGUCUACACAGCCUGAGAACAAGCCAAAACUCAAAGGUUCUCAAUACAACAAGUACUACACUGGAUUUGGCACUCAUUACAGGCAUCCAACUCACACNUGA